UCAUAUGGAAACACAGACACAAUGACAUAAAGAGAAUAGCCAAAACAAUUUUGAAUUAAGAAAAAGGAAAAUGCUGGAGAUAUUACUGUCUCACAUUUCAGGAUUUGAGUUAGUCGAAAUGAGCAAUCGUAAAACCAAGAGUAAUAGCAGAAUGCAUGCUGAAUGUUUUUCACAGGUACAAAGAAUUUUACGUGAAAGAUUCUGUCAUCAGAGUCUACAAAGCAACCUAUUUGGAGUAGAAGUACAAUAUAAGCAUUUAAUUGAACUUCUCAAAAGAACUGCUAUCUAUGGAGAAAGUAACUCUAUACUUAUUGUUGGACCCCGAGGAUCAGGAAAGACCAUGCUAUUAAAUCAUGCUUUGAAAGAACUUAUGGAAAUAGGACAAGUGAGUGAUAAUGUGUUACAAGUUCACCUAAACGGUCUGCUGCAGAUAAAUGAUAAAAUUGCUCUGAAGGAGAUCACAAGACAAUUAAAUCUAGAAAAUGUAGUUGGAGAUAAAGUUUUUGGAAGCUUUGCUGAAAACCUUUCCUUUCUCCUGGAAGCUUUAAAAAAAGGUGACCGGACUAGCAGUUGCCCAGUGAUCUUCACACUAGAUGAAUUUGAUCUUUUUGCUCAUCAGAAAAACCAAACACUCCUGUAUAAUCUUUUUGACAUUUCUCAGUCUGCACAGACACCAGUAGCAGUUAUUGGCCUUACAUGUAGAUUGGAUAUUUUGGAACUCUUGGAAAAAAGAGUGAAGUCACGAUUUUCUCACCGGCAGAUACAUUUAAUGAAUUCAUUCGGUUUUCCACAGUAUGUGAAAAUAUUUAAAGAACAAUUAUCUCUACCUGCAGAAUUCCCGGAUAAGGCUUUUGUGGAGAGAUGGAAUGAGAACGCUCAUUGUCUCUCAGAAGACUCAACUGUGCGUGAAGUUUUACAGAAACAUUUCAAUGUCAACAAAAAUUUGCGGUCAUUACAUAUGCUAUUGACGCUUGCUUUAAGUCAAGUAACAGCAUCGCACCCACUCAUAACGUCAGCAGAUCUGAUGGAAGCACAGCGUCUGUGCAGCUUGGAUUCUAAAGAGAAUAUUGUACAUGGUCUCUCGGUCUUGGAAAUCUGCCUUAUAAUAGCAAUGAAACAUUUAAAUGACAUCUAUGAAGAGGAGCCCUUUAAUUUUCAAAUGGUCUAUAACGAGUUUCAGAAAUUCAUUCAAAGAAAGGCCCAUUCUAUUUAUAACUUUGAGAAACCUGUGGUCAUGAAGGCCUUUGAGCACUUACAACAAUUGGAACUAGUAAAACCCAUGGAAAGAACGUCAGUAAAUUCACAGAGAGAAUACCAGCUAGUGAAACUACUUUUGGAUAAUACUCAAAUUAUGAAUGCUCUGCAGAAGUACUCCAACUGCCCUACAGACGUUAGGCAAUGGGCAGCAUCCUCACUAAGCUGGCUGUGAACGUUUUAAGUUCAUUUGUGUAAAGACUAAAGUUAUUGCUCUUUAAGAAGAUUACUUGUUACUACAUUCCUUUGCUUACAAAUAUUGUUAUAGAAACUUGUACUAUUUGGCUAUGUGUUGAAUCAUGACUACACAACCACACAAUUUCAUUGAUUUAAACUAUACUACACAAGUGGCAGUUCAAAGGAAUAAAACGUGAUUAUCAUGCA